AUGGAUCUCGUCAAGUACAUCUUCGAAAAGCCCGCUCUCACUGGACAGAUACCUCAGUGGCAGGUUCUGUUGUCAGAAUUUGAUAUUGUCUAUGCCACUCAGAAGGCAAUAAAGGGAAGUGUCUUGGCAGAUUACCUAGCUCAACAUCCCAUCAAUGAUUAUCAGCCUAUGCAUCCCAAAUUCCCUGAUGAGGAUAUCAUGACCUUGCUUGAGGAGGAAGUAGAAGAUGAGGACAGGGACAAGUGGAUCGUGUGGUUUGAUGGCGCGUCGAAUGCACUAGGCCAUGGGGUUGGGGCAGUAUUGGUUUCUCUGGAUAAACAAUAUAUACCUUUCACAGCUAGGUUGUGCUUCGACUGCAUGAAUAACAUAGCAAAGUACAAGGCAUGUGCCCUUGGGAUUCGAGCGGCGAUCAACUUCAGGGUCAAGUUACUCGAGGUAUACGGGGACUCGGCAUUGGUAAUUCAUCAGUUGAAGGGUGAAUGGGAGACCAGAGACCACAAAUUGAUGACUUACCAGGCUUACAUCAAAAAAAUGAUGGAACUCUUUGAUGAUAUAUCGCUUCAUCAUAUUCCUAAGAGGAAAAUCAGAUGGUCGACGCCCUUGCCACUCUAG